AUCUGGCUCCAUCAACAUUGAGAAAACAUUGAGAGCUCAAAACCCUCACCACCGCAUCGAAACCAGGUGGCGCUACAUGUUGGGGCACCCCUUCAAACUAACAGUGAAAAAGGGAGAACAAACCUUCACCCUCCACCAGGUCACGGACAUGCAAGAUUUCGCAGCACACCUGGGAAUCCCAUUAUGGUAUCCACCGGAUGAUUCCAACCGCACCACACCCAGAGACAGCAGCCGUAAAGGAGUACCCCGCUCCAGCACGACCCGCAUGCAGCCUAAGAGGAAAUCCCCACCAGCCUCACAAGAGCUGACUCAAACGGACACCUGA